AUGGGCAGGCUCAUCAAAAACCACUGGGCACGCUUAAUUAUCCUAACAGCCUCGGCAUAUCAAAUUGCAGCUGCAAUCGAGGGUUUCAUCUGGCCGAAAGUCUUUUGGGACUUUGUUUCGAAGAAUCUUGACGCCGCCGUCUCACCGAUUCCGGUGCUUCAGUCCCUCAAUCUACUCAUGGGCCUCAUUGGUUUGGCCUGGGAGUGGCCCCUACGACCGUUAGCUGGGUCACUACCACAUCGCAGCAUUGAGAUCCGACUCGUCGUAUACCCUCUCAGUGCGCUGUUCGCGGCCUUGCUCUACCAAGGGACCGAUCCCGCGUUGUAUUAUCUGAUUGGCAUCGGGGUAUAUUUUUGGGCUUAUAGUGAAGGCGAGAUCGUUUGUCCAGAACCGUGGACAUUGCCCAAACGGUCGGCCGUACUCAAAGCUUAG